GAUGGAAACCCUAGCCGCUAUGUUUCCCUUCAUUCUCUAUUUCAUUAGUUUUCUUUCCUGUCAAACAGAAGACCAAAGUUCUUCUUUGAUCUUUCCUAAAAAAAUGAUCAUCUCCUUCUCUGUCUCAAUCAGAUCUAUUUCCUUCCCAUUUCUACCUCUCAUAUUCUACUUCUUCCCCUAUCUCAUAUUCUUUCAAGAAACCGAGCAAAGACCCAAAAAUAGCAGCGAUGAUGCUCCAGACAGCCCUCAAACCGAUAAUUUCGGUUGGAUGAGGUCAGAAGGGAAGGGGUACUCGCCGGCGGCAGAGGAGGUACACCACUGUCGAGAAAGACGACGAGAACUUAGAUGAGUUUUUUAGCUUCCUGGGUUGUGGUUUUGCACAAGGAAAAAUAGAAUAAAGUGCGGGACGACAGCGGUGGCGGCCCCGCCGGGAACGAAAGGGAGAUUACAGUUGUGUAUCUUUCUUCAUUUCUCUCCUUGGAUCCUAGAAAUCUCAAUUGAUCGUGGCUCUGUGAUGAGAUCGACAUGUUUCGACCUCGCAGACGAUGUUGACUGUAGAGAUGAUGGUCUAAGGGGAGAAGAACAGUCGCCGGUUGUAACGAGAUGCAUCUCAUGAUGACGAUGAUUCGACAAUGGCAGCGGCAGUGGAUGGGAGAGGAAGCGACAAAUAUUUGUUCUUUUAUUUUUAAAUUAAUAAUUUUAAUUAAUAAUGUAUUAUGAUUUUCUAAUAAAUGUAUAUAGUAGUAUAGUAAGUUGUGAACAAUAAUUGUCAUUGAUAUUAACGAUAAUGUCAUUAAUAAUAUUAUGUUGGUGUUUUUAA